GGACUGGUUUUGUUUUGCCACCACUGCGUUUGUUACGUCCAUCUUCAUCGAACGAUGUAUCUACUUUUUGCCCGGGAAAAAUCUACCUUGGUGCUGAGGCUGACCUAUGGUCGAAGUCAGGCCGAAACCGGUCCUGCCGGGAAGCUGAGCAAUAGAGGCAAGCUACGGAUCAGCAGAUUCGGCACUUGGUUCUGGGUUCACCAGUAACCAAAGUCCGUCUACCAACCAAGCUAACACUUCCCUCUUGACUUGAGGCCCCGCCUCCGCAUAACUACAGCGCUGUGAUUGGUCGACGGCAGUUGUAAGUCGCCUCUGAUUGGCUGACGGCGGUCGGUUCUGGAGGAGGGGGGACAGAUUGGUCUUUGACAGCUCUCGUAGCUUGUAAAUGGAUCACUGUUUACGUUUAGGGCACCUCUGUUCUCCGGAUUCUGGCGGGUCGGCUGUGGUCGCAGGCACCUUGCGGUGUGUCUCGGGCGGGGACAAUGUCUCGAAAACAGGCACCUCCGACGGCGCACAGCAUUGACCGGAUCCUGGGACAGGAUCGUCAGCCUCGGCACCAUCCUGCAGGGGAUGGCGAGGAUCAGCCAGCUUCAUACGGCUCGGAAUCGCUCGGGGUCCAGGACGACGCUGCAGAAAACGCGAACACUGAGCGACCCGAAAAACACGAGCGAAAGUCUCGGCGCUCGCGUACCACGUUCACCACGUACCAGCUGCACGCGCUGGAGCGAACCUUCGAGAAGUGCCAGUAUCCGGACGUGUUGACUCGGGAAGAGGUGGCCGGCAGACUGCAGCUGACCGAGGCCAGAGUUCAGGUAUGGUUUCAAAAUAGAAGGGCGAAGUGGAGAAAACAUGAGAAGUACACCGAACAAAACAAUUGCGAAAGGAUUUCGGACAAGAGCUUCAUCUCGGCCGCGCCGCCGUGGUCUGCGCUGGUAAUGGCCGCCGGGCUGGGUCGGGCGCUAAGCCGGCCGCCGGUCCUGCUGCUGCCCUCACUGCUGCUGAGGCGUCCCGUGCCGCCGCCCACCGUCCCCGCCGGCCUGCUGCCGGUCCCUGGCCAGCUCCAGGACGGUCAGAGGAUGCUCCUUAUGGGAGGUAACAGCGUCCGCGCGACACUGACCCGCGCAGAGCCAGCGGUCUGAGGUGACUAUAGGCGGUGUCAGUGGGCGGUCUGAGGUGUGUGAACGCACCAUCAGUGAGUGGUCUGAGGUGUCUAUGAGCGGUUUUUGUCGGCGAGUGGUCUAUAGUAGCGCGCACGUCUAUGGCUAUGAAUGUUCUCCCACUGGCCAUGCAUUAUUGUCCUACACAUUACACACAGUAUUACCCCGCGGCCCGCAUCUGUCAGGAAGUCGGCCAAAACCGCACCAAUUCCCGCUCUUCAUUCAAUUCGCUGUCCGGUUGCGAAGUUGGUCAAUUCUGAUGUCUCAAAGGUUCGAAACGUAUUGAUAUAGGUGUUGCCUCGUUUAUUGUCUGUUUCACUUGAUGCUGAUGCACCUAAUGGCAUAUCGCGAAGCUAUUAUUUCAUCAUUUAGUUUACGAGCUUGCAAUAAGAAACGCGUAAUUUGGGGAAAAUGUGAUUUUAAAUAUUACGUUGUUUUUUGCGUCAUGCGUUUCAGUGUCCCACACAGCACUGACACGGUUAGCGCCUGUUCGAGGGGCCCGACGAGUGCGGUAUACCGCCGGUUACAGGCUUCAUUAAGACUUUUUCCGUAACAACCGACGGCGCUGGUGGACUAGGGAGUCGUGGGAAAGAACAAAUGGGCGCUGCUCUCAUUGGAUCCCGCUAAUGCGGCUAACGACCGAAGGUGCAAGCUAAUGGCGCAGGCGAAUUACACGAGGACUGCUCUAAAUUAGUGUUGCUACUGAUGAUUCAUUAAACCUCGGGGUCAUCACGAAUGCUUUAGAAGUUAACAUGUACAAACUUUCGUGAUACAAUGCGAGGCAUGGAGGACUUCCACUAUCGUAAUAAGCGGAACAUUAGAAUUCAUUUAGUGGCUGGAGAAGAACCCGUCCGGUUGCAAACGAUGUUUGUAGGAGAGGUGGGCAGCAAAUGUGAGCAAUACGAAUGUUUUUCAAACA